CUUUAAUUGUUUCAAUUUGUAAUAACAAAAAAAGGGAAAAAGAAUGGCGCCUGCUAAUCCUAAAACACCAGUAGAUACAAAUGCAGCUGGUCCAAUGCUUCGUUAUCAAAAGAAUUUACCUAAAUUACCAGUACCUUCACUGAAGGAUACACUUCAAAAAUAUCUCAAGACAGUUCAUCCUCUCUUAACCCCCGAGGAAUAUAAAGAAACUGAGCAAGCAGUUAAAGAAUUUGAAGCUCCAGGUGGUCUCGGUCAAGAGCUUCAAAGACGUCUCGUAGCUCGUGCUAAUGAUCCAAAGAUCGUCAACUGGAUGGAAGAGUGGUGGCUCGAUCAAGCGUAUAUGGGUUAUCGUGACCCUGUUGUCGUCUAUGUGUCUUAUUUCUUUGCAUAUAAGGAUGAUAAGCUUCGUAAAUUACCUGCUAAACGUGCCGCUGCUAUUACGACAGCUGCAUUAGAAUUUAAAAAACAGGUAGUUCAAUAUCAAUUAGAACCUGAAUAUGCUAAAGGGGAACCCAUUUGUAUGGAUUCUUAUAAAUAUAUGUUCAAUAAUUGUCGUAUUGCGAAAAAACCAAGUGAUUUACCUGCUACCUUUGAUCCUUUUAAGAAUACACAUAUCAUUGCUAUUCGCAAAAAUAAAUUCUUUGUAGUCGAGACAGUUCAUGAUGGUGUUCAAUUGAGUACGGAUGAAUUAGAACAACAAUUUCAACGAGUUAUUGAUCAAGCAGGUGAUAUAAAGGGUAUUCCUGUUGGUGUCUUGACAGCUUGGAAUAGAGAUAAAUGGACUGAUGCUCGAGAUGCUUUAUUAGCAGCAAAUCCUUUAAAUAAGCAAGUCAUGGAAAAAAUUGAAACUGCUUCCUUUGUAGUUUGUCUUGAUGAUUUAACUCCAAAGACAAGAGAUGAAUUUUGUCGUGCUUGCUGGCAUGGUGAUGGUCGUAAUCGUUAUUUUGAUAAACCGCUUCAAUUCAUUAUAUUUGAAAAUGGUAAAGCUGGUUUUAUGGGAGAGCACUCUUGUAUGGAUGGUACAGCCACUUGCCGAUUAAAUGAAUAUAUAUGUAAUGGACUUGCUAAGAAUUUGAUCCAUCAUGGUUCUAACAAAGCUCGUGCACAUCUUCCUCCUCCUCAAGAGUUGACCUUUAUAUUAAAUAGAAAACUAGAAGAAACAAUAAAGAUGGCGGAAAAUGAUUUUGAAGCUUUGAUAGCUAAACAUGAAAUGACUGUCCUUGCUUAUCAAUCCUUUGGUAAGAAUCUGAUCAAGAAGUUUAAAUGUUCCCCUGAUGGAUUUGUUCAAAUGGCUAUUCAAUUAGCCUAUUAUAAAAUGUUUGGUGUCUCUCGUCCUACUUAUGAAUCAGGACAGACUCGUAAAUUUCAACACGGUCGCACUGAGACAUCACGUACUGUCUCAGAUGAAUCCGUAGCCUUUGUCAAGAUAAUGGAAGACCCAUAUGCUUCAAAUGAGGCCAAGAUUCGUGCCCUUCGUGCUGCUCUCAAGGCACAGGGACAGUAUAUGGCAACAGCCAUUAAUGCUCAAGGUGUAGAUCGUCACCUGUUUGGUCUUAAAAAUAGUUUGAAACCCAAUGAAGAACCACCUACUCUUUUCAAGGAUCCUGCUUAUGCUUAUUCAUCUCAUUGGUAUUUAUCAACCUCUCAAUUAACGUCUGAGCACUUUGAUGGUUAUGGCUGGGGACAAGUCGUUAACGAUGGCUUUGGCGUUGCUUACAUGAUUAAAAACAAUGCCCUCCAGUUUAACAUUGCAAGUGUAAAAGAUUUAGAAGUUCAUGGUAAAAAAUAUGUAAACGGCACCUUUCAAUUCAAGCAGUGUAUUGAAGAUGCUUGUGAUGAAUUACGAGAUUUAUUGACAGUAGAACUUCCUGCUCAAGCUAAAUUAUAAAAAAAAAUCAUGUUGUAGUAUUUUGAUUCAUAUUGUAAUCAAAUAAAUAUAAUGAGACAAGUUGAACCUUAAAGAAAAAUAAUAAAAAAAAAUGAGGAUAAAUGUUUAUGAAUA